AUGGAGAAGCCCAGCGCCUCCGGCCACUCAGGCCCUUUAAACGUGCCAGCCUUCCUGACCAAGCUGUGGACCCUGGUGAGCGACCCGGACACGGACGCGCUCAUCUCCUGGAGUCCGAGCGGCCGGAGCUUCCACGUGUUCGACCCAGGUCAGUUUGCCCAGGAGGUGCUGCCCAAGUAUUUCAAACACAACCACAUGGCCAGCUUCAUCCGCCAGCUCAACAUGUACGGCUUUCGCAAGGUGGUGCACGUCCAGCCAGGCCCCCAGAGGAGGGCCCAGCGGGACCUCACCGAGUUCCAGCACCCGGACUUUCUGCGGGGCCAUGAGCAGCUCCUGGAAAACAUCAAGAGAAAAGUAACCAGUGUCCCUGGGAUCAAAACCGAGGACCUUGCCACUGCGGAGCAAGACAACGUAGCCUGCCUGGGUCACGACGUGCGGGUGAUGAAGGCAAAGCAGGACUGCAUGGACUUGAAGCUGGACGCCAUAAAACAGGAGAAUGAGGCCCUCUGGAGGGAACUGACCACCCUUCAGAGGAAGCAAGCCCAGCAACAGAAAGUGGUCAACAAGCUGACCCAGUUCUUGAUCUCCCUGGUCCAGUCCAACCAGCUCUUGGGACUGAAGAGGAAGGUGCCCCUGAUGUUGGAUGAGAUCAGCUUGGCACAUUCUCCUGAAAAAUGCAGCUGCCCGGACUUUUUAGAUGAUGGCUUUGCUGCCCACGCCCCUGGGACUUCAUCACUGGACCACUGUGACUCCAGUCUGUUCUCUGCAACCAAUAUGGAACCCAUUGGCAUGGCGGAUCUGCCGCAGUUCAGCCCCUUGGCAUCCACCGCUGCCGCAGCCGGUGUUGAUCCGAAUGACGAGAACAGCCUGAUGAUCCACAUCAAGGAGGAGCCCUCUAGCCCACCAACCAUAGAUAGCUCCCAGAUGGAAGAGGCCAGUCCAGAAUAUCCCACCAACUUGGUGAUGUCACUGUCUCCUAAUUCCUUCAUCAGCUCUAUUCUACAGGAGAGCCAGCCUCACAGUGCAUUGACCGCCUAUGAUAUAGAGGAUGAGGAAGACCACCCUUCCACUGAGGAGCCUGCUGCAGAAUAGAUUGCCAAAUAGAUUGCCUUUUCCCUUGGAUGUGCACUCGACAGCCUUGUGGAGUCCCCAAGCUCUUCCCCCAUUAUCUUCUUUCUUCAUUGCUGUGUUGAUGAGCCACUUGGUGGACUUCAUCUCGUACAAACAAGACCCUGUUGACCAUCCAAGACCCUGUCCUAGAUGCCAGCAUCCAUCCUGAUCUACUCAGCUUCUAGAUUUCAGCGACAGAAAUGAUCCUGCCUUACCUGGACAGCAGAAUGGCCAGUGGGUAUCCUGGGGACCCUGGGUGGGAGUGCAGGAAGAAAGGGGAGUCCCUGUUUUCAUCGGGAAUUUUGCAUGCUUAAAUUUUCUUUUGCAGAGACUCCAGCUUGGAUUUGAUUAGAAUUAGAUCUUGGCCACAGCCAUUUUUUUCCUUGGUAAAGUGCCUGGACCUCUUCUAUUUGAGAUCAAAUCAUUUAGAGACUUAGAUAAGCAAUGCAGACUCAGGAAAACAGUUGGUAUAGGCUACAUUAUAGAACCCCUCCCCCCCUUUUUUUCCUACAGAUAGAUAUUUGGAGUUCAGGAACAUGCAUGCCUUACAAAUCUGCCUAUAGUCAAACUGGUUGAGGGAACUUGGGAACUUACUUCUUUUUUUUUUUUUUUAAUAUAAACCUUUACCUUCUAUCUUGGAAUCAAUACUGUGUAUUGGUUCCAAGGCAGAAGAGUGGUAAGAGCUAGGCAAUGGGGAUUAAGUAACUUGCCCAGAGUCACACAGCUGGGAAGUGUCUGAGGCCAGAUUUGAACCUAGGACCUCCCGUCUCUAGGCCUGGCUCUCAAUCCACUGAGCUACCCAGCUGUCCCUGGGAACUUUCUUCUUAAAGGAACCCACCUAUGUCAAAGGUCAUUUGCUCUCCUAAGGCUACUCUUGCCUUUAGAAAAUGGUAAAGGCAUCAGGGUUUCCCUACCAACUUCUUCAAGAAUAUCUGUGUGCACUGAAAUUUCCAGGAAUGCAAAUGGGAGAUAGGGGGAUAACUGUAAACUUUUCUGGAGCAAGACAAUACUCAGAGCUAUUGUGGGGAGGAGGAAGAGGCAGCCUUCUCCCAUUCACCUGAGCAUGGGGUGAUACUUUCUGAACAGAAUUUGGAAUGAUUGAGUAUCCUCAAAGGGGAAGACACCAACAAGUGAUAGGAUCCCCAAUCCCUAAAUUCCAUGGGAUGGGACUAUUCACCUUUAUUCACAGUUUCCCAUGCCUUCAUCAAACUCCAGAUUCCUCUCCAUAUCCCUGUUCCCCUACACUGGCUUCAUGCGUUCUGUCUCCUGUUGGUUGGUUUGGGAAUCCAUUGUGAUGUUUUAUAUUGACUAUAAUGAUUAGUGAUUGAAUUGUAUUUUGCAUUUUUACAUAAGCAAAAUUUCUAUCUCUCUAUAAUAGACUGUUAGUUAUGUUUGAACAUAUACUCUAUAAACAGAUUGUUAAACCAUUGUGACUCCUCAAAGAAAAUCAUUUGUAAAAUUGCUUCUUCCCUUAUUUUUUAUUUUAAAGAAUCCUUACUUUUGUAAUGUAUAUUUACAGGGAAGUAGGAAGUAGGAAGAGACUUAAUUUUCUUUAAUGUCUUGGACUAUGGUACCUUCAGAAAGGUGAAAAGCAAGAAUUUCUGGGGUGCUAGAGAAGCAAAAGAAAGGGGUGCUUCAAAGGUGGCAAGGGUGGUCGCAAGCUGCAGCUAGAAGACAAGUGACCCACAGCAUCUAGGAAAAAAGAGGAAAGAGCUACAGACCAGGCAAACCUGUCAAUAUUGUCAGGUAAGAGACCUCAUUGCUGCAGAGGUGGGUGCCAUUGGUGGCAUGUAGGACCAGGGCCCAGUCCAAUGCCAGUCAGACACUAUUUCCUCUGAAGACCCAACUCCACCAGCACCCAGGGAUUUACUGUGAGUUUGUUUAGAUGCAGAUGAAGAAGGAAGCUGUCCUUAUUCUUUUGUUAACUACAAUUGGAGGAGAGUCUCAUUUCUGUUCUAUACGUGUUAUAAUAAAUAUGUUUUAU